GCCCGGACAAUUUUGAUUGGGCACAACCAAUAAUUCUGGUCCAGUGUUUCAAGCUGUAGACAGUGCAGAGGCUAAGACCCUUUUGGCUGAAAAACUCCCACACUUUACUUGAAUUUGAUAUCGAUCAACGAGAACUGAACUUGCUCUACAUAACAUACAUGAUGGUAUUAUCCUUUUAACGACAUCAGUCUCUGAUUUAGAGGAGUACUCGUCGCAUGACGAUACGCACCUUGGUAAGUCUACUACUCCGCGACCUCUCUUCCUCGCAUUGCGCAACAUGAUGAUCACAUAUUGGAGCUGUCCUAUUCACACUGAGGAUACCCAUAAUCUACGCAGAAUCAACCAUCUGAACACAUUCGCUUCCUGGCAUUUUCUAUCUUGAUCCAUACAGCCGUGCAUCAGUACUGACUGUAAAAUUCAGUGUCGCGCUAUGUUGAACCUACAGCGAUAACCACAAUGUCGACCGAUCCCCGACUGGCUCGUCUUCAAGGGCGAACAGUCACGCCUCAACCUCCCAGACCACAAACUCCUCCUGCUCCUGCCGCUCCUGCCCUCGUACCUCUCGCUCCGGCUCCAGCUCCAGCUCCAGACACGGCACCUGCAGCUGUAGAAGCUCCCCAGCAGCUCGUUACUACCACAGGUCUUGAUGGAACAAUCGACGUUUCUUCCCCAGCCGCGACAGUGGCAGCAAAAUCUGAUGAUGUCUCGUACAAGCUAAAGUUCUGCACUGUCUGUGCAUCGAACAACAAUCGAAGCAUGGAGGCACAUCUACGACUUUCGACUUCGACCCACAAAUACCCAGUCAUUUCCUUCGGCACAGGUUCAUACGUCCGGUUACCGGGCCCAUCAAUAUCCCAACCACAGGUCUACAAUUUCAAUACUACUUCCUACACGAAAAUGUUUGAAGAGUUGAACGCGCAGGAUUCCAGGCUAUAUCGUAACAACGGUAUUCUCAACAUGCUGGACAGAAAUCGAAAUAUCAAAUGGGGACCAGAACGAUUUCACGACUGGAUGGUUGGCGCUGCGAGAAUAGAAGCUCUCAACCGAGGGGACAAGGGUGCAGAAGGUGCCGAAGGCGGUGUCGUCGAUGUCAUAUUCACAUGCGAGGAAAGAUGCUGGGAUGCCGUGGUUGACAAUCUGCUAGACAGAGGCGCGCCGCUCAAUCGACCUGUCCACGUGUUCAACAUUGACAUCAAAGAUAAUCAUGAGGAAGCGCUUGUUGGCGGUGGAGCCAUCCUGGAGUUGGCGGACGCUCUCAAUGAGGCUGCUGUCCAGGAGAGGCAGCUCAACGGCACAGCAGGCUGGGAGAAUGGGGCAGGAGCUGCACGGCAGAGUUUCGACGAAAGGGUUCCUGAUAUCCUGGCCAGCUGGCAGGAGAGAUGGCCCAAUCUACCGGCUCUGUGGACAUUGUCGUGGUUCUGAGGAUGUUUUUCUUUGACGACUCGAAUUUAGCAAGGGCGUUGGAGGAGUUUACAAUGAGGCUUUACAAUGGGGCAUUUCGAAGACUCCCUAGAUACAAUCUGCAAACCAGAAUUGAAAAUUCUUAUACAUCAUGACGGGCUCAUCCUGUUCAUCAUCAAGCAAAGA